UUCUUUUCAGAAUCACACAUGCUCAGAAAGAUAUAGCCUUGCAUGGUGCUACCGUAAACAUUUAUUAACUUGCCACCUACUGCAGCUUCACCAUGAAAAGCUUCAACACUCAUCUGAUGUCACUCCACAGGUACGCUGAGCUCACCACUGCUAAGGUCAAGUCUUACGAGCACUAUUCCAUCAAACGUUCUACAUCCAGCAUCGCAUCAAGCCCCACCUUUGCUCUCAAGAAUCUUUCACCAAGCACACCAUGGGUUAACCUGAGCCAACAUACCGGUACCCUCUCUAUUGAUGAGACAAAAGUUCUGUCGCUGGGCAUGAACUUUGCCCUAGUCCCUCAGCGUUUGCCCAUCGAAGAUGGUCCAGUGCACUGGGUCAAGCCAGCCCUCUGCCAUCUCAACACAUCUACAUACAGCCGAAAUCCACCUGCAAAUCAAUCAAGCCCUCCAGAAACACAAGCCAGCCAACAUCAACCUCUCAAGACAUGACUGGUCAGCCAUCAUAUCAAGAUGCCAUCAGCCAAGACAAGUCCAUCCAUAUUCUCCAAGCAGACAAGGGAAUGCCACGGUGGUCAUGGACAAGACUGAGAAUCACCAUAAGUUAGAAGACAUUCUCAGCUGAAGCUGCUACCGUGCACCUCAGCUUUUCAAGAGGAAGCUGCAACACAAGCUUCUAUUCUGGCAGUAUCUCCCAGUCCCUGUACAGACAGCUCCGGCCAUCCAACUUAAGUCCCCAAGGUUCUUCAACCAACCCAAUUAAAAAGGCAGUCUCCUGAUGACAGAGUAUACCAACAUGCAUCUGAAAUGUUGAGUAGCCUCCAUUUUUUUUCCAAAAUGAUGUGUACUAACACUGCAGUCAAGAAGAUAAGAAUACCAAAGUUCACAAGGAAAGACUCAAGAAUGUGUGUUGUUUGAAUCUGUGGAUCUGAUACAAAGCGGAGGUUAUAUGCUAACAUUUACAAUACAAAUCAGUGUACAGUAAAUUGUACAUGUAGGUGCAAUGCACUUUUGUUUCUCAUUUCUUUGGGGUUUUUUGCUCCCCUGCUCAUGCUAAAAUGAUUUUAAAACAAAAUAAAAAAGUCAGGUUUACUUUUUACUUAGGCUCCAAU